AUGUGGAAUAAAUGGGCACUCGGUGGGCGCAGGUCUAUGGCUUACUCAAGAUAUGGCAAGCAGCUGCCACGACCAGCCAGGCGAGGAAGAACACACAGGCAGAACGAUUUCAGGGAAUAUUUUCCACUAGACAAUUCCUAUACAAAAGAACACAGAUCUGCGCCGAUGGAAACGCUGCAAGAACUGAAAGCAGACGUCAACGUGCCUGACGAUGCUGAUGCUAUUCUAAAUAAGCGUAAUAGUGUUUCUAAACUCUUAGAGCAGCCUUCUCUUGUCGUUAUCCGGCAAUUGGAAAUGAUGAAUAUAUUCGUGGGAUUCGAACAGUCCAACAAGUACGCUAUGCUUGAUAUCCACGGAAAUCCUAUCGGAUAUCUUGUCGAACAGGAUGACAGUCUGCUUGGACAACUGGGAAGGCAACUCUUCAGAACACACAGACCAUUCAACUUUCUCAUCAUGGAUAAAGAUGGUCAGCACGUUUUGCGUAUACACCGCCCUUUCAGCUUGAUAAAUUCUAUCAUUGGGGUGUAUUCUGUGGAAAAUCAUGUCCUAGUUGGCGAGGCUCAACAGAGCUGGCAUUUGUUGAGAAGGAGAUACAACCAGUUUCUUCAGCGCAAUGGCGACUUUGAGCAGUUUGGCGCAAUUGACUCACCUUUCUUGGCAUGGGAUUUUAGCGUUCUCGACAUAAACUCCCGAGUAAGCGCCUCAAUCAGUAGAAACUUUGGAGGCUUGGGUAGAGAGCUAUUCACCGAUACCGGUCAAUAUAUAGUUAAGUUUGAUUCUUCACAGAACCACGUAAGACACUCUGAGCGAAGCAGGGCACUCACACUAGACGAAAGAGCAGUCGUUCUCGCAAAUGCAAUCAGUAUUGAUGUCGACUACUUCUCACGACAUAGCAGUCAUAGCUCUGGUCUUUUCUGGCCCUUUGUAGCCCUUGGAUCUGUGUUUAACUACGCGCCAGAGCCACCAGCUAUUCCCCAAGAUCAUCACGAACAAAAUCAAGUCAAUGACGGACAAAUAAACCCGGACGAUUACUCCAUCGAUGUUGACGACAAGAAAGUGCAGAGGGAGCGCAGGGACGAUAUUACAGCGGGCGGAAUUCCUAAUGAAGACCUCCAACAAUCCCAAGAGGAGUUGAUGGAAGAUGACGAAAGCACCUAUCUGUGA